AUUUAAUGGAAUACGACCAAGCUCCAGAAGAUAGAGGGCAGCAAUACACUCUACAAGGAGGAAACUUCUACAAUCAGCCUCACCGGUACGAUCAGCCGAUGAUGCCGCCUCCAAUUCCGAACCACAUCAAUGAGUCAAAGAAGCACACAGUUGUGUGUACGCAUUGGCUAAGGAACUUAUGUAAGAAGGGGGAGAACUGUGAGUUUUUGCACACUCGUGAUCUGUCUAAGAUGCCUAUCUGCAAGUACUAUCAACAAGGGAAUUGUAAGAACGAGAAUUGCCAGUACUUGCACAGAGAUCCCAGGAUAAAGACUACUGAUUGUCCUUAUUAUGAGAGAGGAUUCUGCAAGAACGGUCGCAACUGCAGGAACGCUCAUAAGCCCAAAGUUCUAUGUGAAGAUUACCUCUACGGGUUCUGUAUUAAGGGUCCUAACUGAGAAAAGACACAUGUUAAGAGUUUGGUCAGUAUUGAUGAUGAAAAUUUGGAGGUGCUAGCCAAUGUAGGCGUUACUACCAGCCAAGCAGCACCUGAUACAAAGGCAAUCUGUCAUAACUGAGGAAAUAGAGGCCAUAAAUCGGAUGUUUGCAAGAACCCAGCAAUUCCUAGGUCAGAACUCCAGAAUAUUUUAUUCAAUGAUGAAGAAUACAUGAGGAAAGCGAAGAAUGUAUCCUGCUAUAAAUGCAGGAAAAUAGGCCACUAUCCUAUUAUUUGAGACCUUAUUACCAAGCUCGAAAAUGAAAAAGCAGCACAUGGGGGUGGAAUGUACACUAAUGCAGCCAGUGAAGGCACUGUGAUGAUUGAUGGAGUCCCUGUUCCUAAAAAUCUCGGAACUGGCAUGGGCAAUGCAAUGGGAACUAUUUUUACAUGGGACCAGAUCUUCAACUCAAUUCUUUCAUUCUACUGUGAAAAUUAA